GUUUGAGGAUUUAUCUUAUUUAGCAAAAUGAUUCAAACCGUUGACAAUCCUCAGAUAGUAACUACAACGGUAGCAGAAACAAUCCCCAGAUAGCAACUCCCCAUCUUUGCAACCUAAUGAUCGAUGCACCUCCCUCUUAUCUCUUCAAUGUAUUUGCUUCCUUUACUGCUCGAUCGAUCCGCAGCGUCACACGUUUCUUCUCAUACCCAGAUACAACCCUAACUCAUGAUCCUCUCUAUAUAUCUCUCUCCCUAUCCCUCUGACCAAGAAACCAAAAAGAAACGCUCGUGGCAAGGUGUACGUUUCAGAGAUCUAGUUGGGACGAAGCUUCAGAAUCGAUCAUAUAUACCCAGAAGGCUCGUUGUGUUUGUGUAUCAAAUCGAGUAGAUCGAGGAUCAUGAGUAACAGCAGUGUGGAUUCCUAUGACGACCCAGAAAACAUGAAUGGGUUUGCUUAUUCCUUCGGAUUCUCCAUUGGCGUCGUUGCUGUAAUCGUCAUGAUUACCGCGGCUUCCUACUACUGCACCCGCAGGCAUUCACUCAGUGAGCCUUCCAACCAUGGCAACUCCCUUACAAGCACCGAACGUUCAGACUCUGUGAUCAUCGAUGUGGGACUCGACGAAGCCGCUCUCCGUAGCUUCCCCAAGUUUCUUUACUCCCAAGCCAAGCUCCACAAAGGCGACUCAACCGCUUCCUGCUGCUCCAUAUGCUUGGCGGAUUAUAAAAACACUGAUAUGCUUCGGUUAUUGCCUGAUUGUGGUCAUCUUUUCCAUCGGAAGUGUGUGGAUCCUUGGUUACGGCUGCACCCUACGUGUCCGGUGUGCCGGAACUCUCCCGCCCCGACUCCUCUGCCAACUCCUCUCGCGGAGAUUGCUCCCUUGGCGGGGCGACGAGAUUGAGGGACUAUAAUUCUCUCCCUUUAGUCAAUAUUAACAUGUCGAUCUUUAAAAAAAACAAAACAAAAGACCGCGACAAAAUUGAAAUGAUAGCUGAAUUUUAGUUGUAUGCUCUUGUUAAUAUCAUUCAACUUUAUGUUUUUUCGUUAUAUUAUUAGAGCUCAACACCAAUGAAAACAUUGGGAUGAUUUAAUUUCC